CCAAAUCAGAUCUUGCUCACGUGACCAGUCUUUCUGCGAAUGUUCCUGGAAAGUCUAGGGCAGCUCAGGCACACAGGAAUACAUUGUUGGCUGCCCCGAUAGCGAUAAAGUCGAGGUAACACGCCUCAUAUCUGCUAACAACUAGAAUAUAAAUAAUUUUCUCUUAUAUUAGUAGACUUUGGCUCGCUAGUUCCACGGUUCCGACGAAAAGAGAUUUACAAAUUCGUCUGUCAAUCUGUAUUAGUUGGGAGCUAAAGACUGGGCGAUUGCGGUUAGACAGAACUCUAGCCUACUACACCUAGGCUACUUGCGAUAUUUGAUAUUAAUGAUAGACGGAGGCGGAGGCAGUAGCCUAAUUCUUCUUACACUUUUACGCUCCAUAUAUUUCUUCUCCAGUCAAAAAGAUCGCAAAUACUUCACUCCACCCUCACCCAGGAUUUCUGUCUCGAGUGGAUCAACGAGAUUGCGAAAGCCAGCUGGCAAGAAAGUGUCAAAUCGGACGUGUGCGGAAAAUCACCGUGGUUUCGAACUUCGAGGAAACUAGGAAAAGGUUUUGUAUGGGGCACACACAAUGCGUGAGUAAGUCGUCCACCGAGACCGCACCAGCGACGCAUCGGAAGGACUGGCGAAUAAAGUUCAGGUCUUUUUCCCGACCAGUAUCUGAACGCAGCAGAAGUGUGCCAUCACAAACGACGGCUCCUAUGAUUAUUCCAAAACCUGCAUCACAUCAGUGCUUAACGGUCGUACGACCGAAAACACCACUGGAGCGUCACCAACUGGAUCCAGACGUGGAUGCGGACGGCUUUGAGAGAGCAAUGGUGCACUUGAACGAGUCUGGCUGGUACUGGGGUCCUCUCACAGCAGCUGAGGCGAGGCAGGUCCUCGAUAAGGCCCACGAGGGCACCUUUCUGCUGCGGAAGAGCUCGAACCCGGGCUACCUCCUCACACUCUCCCUGAGGACCAGCCUGGGGCCCACGCACCUGCGCAUCGAGUACGCCAACGGGAAGUUCGGCUUCGACUCUGCGGCGCUGGCUCGGCCUCAGCUCAGGCAGUUCCGGGACGCUGUGGAGCUGGUGCAGCACUAUGCACUGGCCUACCAGAGGGCAGCAGCCAAAGCUAUCGCUGCCACUGAGGACGUGAACAACACGCAAACUGAAAGACACCCCACAGAGGUAGGGCAGGAAGAGAACCAAAGCCAGUCAGAUUUGUCCCUGACAACUGACAGUCUGCAGCUGAGGCUGACCCGGCCUCUCCACAAACGGCCGUGCAGCCUUCAGCAUCUGUGCCGCAUGGCCAUCAAUCAAUGCUCCAACGGCCCAGAGGACUUGCCCCUGCCUGACAGGUUGAAAGACUUCCUUUUGGAAUACCCAUUUCUUUUGUAGGACCCCGCCCCACUCAGUGACCAGUAGCCACUGACAGCCCUUAGAAAAUUGUCUUUGAUGCAUGGUGCAAACAGAUCAGGUUUGUGUUUUUCUACACUUACUCACUUUUGGUUCAGUCAAAAGUGUUUUUGUCAAAACUGUGGUUUGUUUUACACAAUAUCAGGUCUUAGUCAGUUGACCAGGUCCAUAUAGAUCAUUUAGUGCUUCUUACAUUGCAGAAUGAUCAUAUGCACACUAGCCUUAAUGAUUAGCGCUAAAGCUUUGUUUUAUCUUGUCACCAAAAUGGUAAUGACCAAGUCUUAAUUGGAUACUGAAGACUCUCUGCAUUGUGAUGUUGUUAUGAUGUGGUGUUUUCAGCACAGAGUGAAUAGGCUCAUUGACCGGGCCAUCUGCAGUAAGAGGCUCCCAGCACAAGCGAGGUUACUACAUUGCAUUUUACUGUUUGGUCUUAUGACACUUGAGACACCCAGACAGACAGACAUUUAGUAGUGCUUUACAUUUACAGAACAUUUUGAGGGAAAGGAAACAUAAAGACUGUGUUCAAAAAGACACAUUUACUUUCACAGUAGCUCUGCAAAUGGGAAACUUAACACAUCAGCGAUAGGUUAAACUUUAAAUGACCAAAUCAACUGGGCGCUGCCACAGCAUAGACCAAUUGGCUAGGGUAUUCCGGGUAAGUGGUGCAAUAUUCCAAGAACACUUGUAAAGACACUAGUAGGUGUGUCCCGAGGAUGUGGUUUAAAAUGGGGAUAGCAAUAGACAAAUCUCCCUCUGUACAUAGUAAAAUGAAGAGUUAAUUCAACACUUAAAGAGUCAAUUCAGCAUGGUUGUAUCCAGAGUACUCUUUAAGGGUUGGAUUAGCACUGUAUUUUUUUAUUGUGCAAGAAUGAUGCCAAGGCAAAGUGACUGAACCUGCUGUCCAAACCAGCUUUCUGGAAUAGCCUACCAUAAUACCAUUAGAGGGGAAAGGGGAGGUGUCAACUCCCAUGUUCUGAGUUGGUUGAGUGUUUAGUGUUGUUGGAUGACAUAUAUUAUGGUCAUCAACCAUUGACAGUAGAUAUUCUAUUUACUGUCAAUGUGUCCAACUCAAACUAACACCUCCUGUACUUCUCUUUUGCCUUGGUGUCACCCCCAUGGGGAAAACAAUACACUUCACCUGCUGUCGGCAGGCAGGUAGCUUUUGGGGUACUUUUCCCCAUUCAACAUCCAGAUUGCAAAUGAAAAACUGACCUUUGAAUUGUGCUUUUGUGAAAUAUUGAAUAAAACUUUGAUCAUAAGCCUCGCCCAAAGGCAGAGGGCUUAGGUGGCUUUCAUUCUGCGCCUUUAGACUUUUCUCAAACUCUGUAGGUAGAGAGAUGCCUGUGAACAGAAUUAAGAUUAUAAGUAAAACCCUCCUGAAUUUAAGGUGAAGUUUGUACACCAAUAUACAGUAUGUUUUAUAUAAUUUAUAUAUCCAACUGUACAAUGUAAUGAAUGGAAAUUAAUUUUAAAUGUACACUAGUCAUUUUACUACUGUAUGUACACAUUAAUAUUAGAAAAUGACCAAAAGCCAAUGUGUCACUCACCCAUGUGAUACACAUAGGCUACCAUGUUUCCAGAUCUUACCUCUGACUGUGUGCUCUGGUCUUAACGGUAGAGAAAGUCAGUUUUUAGUAGGGUGGAGUUUAACAUGUAUGCCGCUCAUUCAUAAAUGUGAUGUUUUCAGUGAAUAUUUUCCACCACCACCAAUUUCUAAAUAUUCACUAUGACUGGGAAAAUUAAGCUUUUCAUAAAUAAAAAGGUGUAUCUUCUCCUUGUUAGCAAUUUUGAAUCUAUAGAAAGAGCAUAUUUGGCUGCUAAACUUAAAAAGUGCUCUCUUACUCUACUUUGAUCAGACCAGUAAAUAUUAGUUUAUUAACCAUGAACAGAUCAAAUUUGGGAAAUGGCAGCAUUGUUGCAAUGGGCAGCAUAGUUGCAAUGCCUACUCUGGACACAUCCCUUAACUGUACAUUUACGUUUUGCUGUAAAGCUAAAAAACGUAAUUUUGAUAGACCAGCUCGUAAAUUGACAGUGUUUUAGGCAACAUUAUGCUGUUAUAGGUUGGCCUUAAGGACUGAAGAACCAUAUGGAGUCAGACGAGUUUUUUAAAAUGCAUAGGACAUACAGAGGGCUGGAAAAUCUAAAGACAUCUAAAGACAUUGGGGGCUUUGUAUUGUAAUCACUUUUAAUGGAGAAAGAAGAAACAGCCUGCAUUCUACUUUGUAUUUUGACAUGUAAAUACUCUUAUACGUUUAUGCUCUUGUGUUGGGCAAUCCAUGCCUUGGCAUUGUAUGCAGUCUAUUGUGACGGGGCAUUUGACUGGUUUCACAAUCACAUGAUGUGAAAUUACUUGCUGUAAAACUGACUAAUUUCAUGACCAGCAGGCUCCUGUCAUGAUCAACCAAGCAGUAAACAAAGCUCCCUUGAAUUACCCUGAUGUACAUCGCUCAAAUAAACCUGGCUGAUUGUCAGAUGGACUCUUUGCAGAAUUAUGCUCACUUUGUCUUCAUUUUUCAAGAAUUCUUGUUAACUAAAGUUGUGACUGACCACCACUCAUCUGUUUAGAAUGUGCAGGAUUCAUAUGAAGUGUCUGUAUAAAAACAAGAAUUCUUGUUGAAAAAUAUCAGCACUACAUUUCAAGUCAUACAACAGACAGAAAAAAUGACAACAAUUACAUAAUAAUG